AUGGAGGUAGCCACAAGCAGCCCUGAAGAUCAGUUUCCAACCCCAAAUCUCACUGCGAAAGAAAUCUUCCAAGCGUACAGCCGAAUCAGCAGACAUUUCAUCCGAACUCCCUUGCUACGAGCCGAUGAUCAACAAGAGUUUAGGAAGACACUGUUCGAUGCCAUCAAGCUGAAUUUGAUAGGCCACGAAAGCGGUCAGACAGAUACAAAGCUGCCCGAGGUGUAUUUUAAAUGCGAGAAUCAUCAGGUAUCGGGAUCGUUCAAAUUUCGUGGGGCGGUUCAUGCCUUGGAAAAACGAUCAGAUAGGGAACUAAGAUCUGGGAUAGUCACCUACAGCACAGGUAAAUGUCCUGGCAAGCUUGGUCAAUCAAGGUUAAAAUUCUUUCUAGGCAAACAUGCCUUGGCCCUCAUUCAUGCAAGCAAAGUCAUUAUUGAAGAAAGAGACUUCCGCUUCGAAACCACAGUAAUCAUGCCUGUCAGUGCGGAAAAAUCCAAAGCCACUGCUGUUAGAGAAGCCGGUGCCAUUGUCAGACGUUGCGGAGCCAAUCUGGGCGAGCCUAAGUAUGAAACAAAGCGCCUCUCUCAAAGAACGGGGAAAUAUCUCAUUUCGCCUACAGACGACUCAGAUAUCAUCCUAGGUCAGGGAACAGUCGCCCUAGAGAUUUCUGAACAGCUUCGUGAAGGCGGAACAGAUGAGCUUGACGUUUUGAUACUUCCGUGUGGAGGUGGCGGUCUUCUCACUGGUACUACGAUAUUUGCUCAUGAGACCAAAACGAAAGUUUUCGGUGCAGAGCCAACUUCUGGAGGACCACAAGCCUCCCUUGGAAUCCAGCGUGGGAAGCGAUAUGCUAGUCCUAGCACUGAAACCAUUGCAGAUGGACUUCGAUCUCCUCUCAGCCCCUUGAACUGGCAUAUUCUCAAACAGCAAAAGUACAUUCAGAGAUGGUAUUCUAUCAGUGAGCUUCAAAUCAAAUCUGCACUAUCUUUAUUUUUCACUUGUUCCGGACAGGUUAUCGAGCCCAGCGCUGCUGUUGCUGUUGCUGUGCUUCUCAGUCCGGAUUUUGGCGAGCAUUUUAGAGAGUCGGGAUCCCGAUGGAGGAUUGGGGUGGUCGUAAGCGGUGGAAACAUCUCACUUGGCCGCAUGCAAUCUUUGAUGACUAGAGAUUGA